AUGGCCACAGAAGGCCUGCUAAUGGAGCCUGUUAUAAGCAACAGCCAGCGCUCUGUGCGGCAAAUGUUCGCCUCCAGCAGCCCAUUGCCACGCAACGUAGCCAACGGUAUAGGUAACUUCAACGCGCAAGGAUUCCGGAUGACCGCUGUGUCAUGGUUUAUAAGCAAUAAAUCACGCCCUCCGCGAGUUCGAGACGCCGGCAUUCACGGCAAUGAUAGAUUUUGCCAACCCAGAGGCAGCCAGGGCAUUGUGGGCGAGCCACAACAACAUGUCGAGUUGGCUGGCACCCACGCUGGCAAAGUGAUGUUUGGCAUGGAUAGAGAGAGCUACAAUAACGAGCCGUCAAUGGCGGCCAUCGAGGCAGCACUAAUGGGAGCUUGGCGCCAGGAGGGACCUUUGGGCACCUUGUUUGCAAUUGUCAACUACAUCAAAACACCGCAACAGUACAAUCUAUUCAAGGAUUAUCAGUGCAAGGCUAACACGGGCUUGCCAAAGCUGCAACAGGACAUCAAGAUGCCCGUCAAGCCAGUCGUUACUCGCUGGAACAGCUACACUGGCACCUUCCAGCGCGCUGUUGAGUUAAGGGUGGAACACUCUAUACGGCAGAUUUUGUGCAAGGUGUUCUUCCGCGACCUUGUUAUAUUUCAGUCGAAUCGAAGGAAUAGUCGGGAACAUGCUGCUAACAGCCUGCCACGUAGGGGGGCUACCAAAAUUUAUCCCCAAGGCCUGGGAACAGCUUACAGGUGGGAAUCCAGACGAAAGACAAGGGAAGAGUUGGAGAGGCGGGGAUCUAUCAAGCUCUCAGAGGAGAACGUCGCACCUCUGAAGCUUGCUUUUAGUAGGAUGGAAAGACCGGAACGUCCUACCGAAGCAGCAAGACAAACCCGCAACUUUCAAUCACGGUUGUAUCUACCCGAAUUUCUCAAGCAAGGUUCACAAAGUACCGCACGAUGCAGGGCAAUGUACAAAACGGAUGAAGUCAACUAG